UCCAUGCAGAUGGAGAACAGCUUUUCUCUCAGGAGAGACUCACGACACACCACUCUACUCCAGACGUCCAGGUUAAGCGGGGAGAUCCUUCACUGACAUGUGAGGCAGAGGCUUGACUGAGCACAGCAGCAGCAUCCCCCUGCCUCUCACCCUGGAGGUUUGGGAGUUGACAUUUGUCUUCAGAAAUACCUCGCUCCAACAACCUUGCAUCAGGAUACAGAGGAAAGCUGUCCACUGGACAGGUCACUGAGAAUUUUUCCAAGUUGAUGAGUUGUUGGCUUCAGCUGCACUCCAACAGGUGGCACUCUGGUGAGGUGUGUAUACCGCCUCGCAUGAUUCUUGCUACCGCUCAUAUGAGUCUCAAGACCAGCUUGAAGGUGUGAAAGCAAAUCAAAAAGGCUACAUUACCGAUGAAGAUGACCCCGAUGCAGAAGCUGCUCCAGCUGCCAGCCAAUGCCGUGAACAUUGUGAAGACGGUGCAGGGGGUGGCACAGGGCCAGGAGGAGGCACGCAGCCCCGUGCUCACCCCAGACGGUGGGCUGCAGAACUGGUACAGCGCUGUGCAGCCAGAGGAGCUACGCCACCUCCGUACCUCUAGCACAGCCGGAGGAGGAGGAGGAGAGGCAGGAGAGGGGGGAGGCACUCAGGAGGAAGGGCUCCCCAGUGCUCAGACGCAACCCCUGCGGCACGAUGAUUUGAAGGAGAUGCUGGACAGCAACAAGGACUCUCUAAAGCUGGAGGCUAUGAAAAGGAUUGUUGCAAUGAUUGCCAGAGGGAAAAAUGCAUCUGAUCUCUUUCCUGCUGUGGUGAAAAAUGUGGCCUGCAAAAACAUUGAGGUCAAGAAGCUGGUGUAUGUGUAUCUCGUGCGCUAUGCUGAGGAACAGCAGGAUUUGGCUCUACUCUCCAUCUCUACCUUCCAGCGAGGACUCAAGGAUCCUAAUCAACUUAUUCGUGCGAGUGCCUUGCGUGUUCUGUCCAGUAUCAGAGUCACGAUCAUCGUGCCCAUUAUGAUGCUCGCCAUUAAAGAGGCUGCUUCGGAUAUGUCUCCAUACGUCCGCAAGACAGCUGCUCAUGCCAUCCCCAAGCUCUACAGCCUGGACCCUGAGCAGAAAGACCAGCUAAUUGAAGUCAUUGAAAAGCUGCUUGCUGAUAAAACCACUCUGGUCGCAGGCAGUGUGGUGAUGGCUUUUGAGGAGGUUUGCCCAGAGCGUAUUGAUCUGAUCCAUAAGAAUUACCGUAAACUCUGCAACCUGCUGAUUGACGUGGAGGAAUGGGGUCAGGUAGUCAUCAUCAACAUGCUCACCCGCUACGCCAGGACUCAGUUCCUCAACCCCAACAUUAAUGAGUCCCUGCUGGAGGAGGGUGGAGAGAAGGCAUUUUAUGGUUCUGAUGACGAUGAGGAUGAUGAAGAGAAGAAGGCUGAGGCGGCUGCCCUUGCCAAGAGGAAGCCGUAUGUUAUGGACCCUGAUCACAGACUGUUGCUCCGAAACACCAAACCUCUGCUACAGAGCCGCAACGCAGCUGUGGUGAUGGCAGUCGCUCAGCUCUAUUUCCAUCUAGCUCCGAAAGCGGAGGUGGGUGUCAUUGCCAAGGCACUGGUGAGGCUGAUGAGGAGCCACAGUGAAGUCCAGUAUGUUGUUCUUCAAAACGUUGCAACCAUGACCAUCAAAAGGAGGGGGAUGUUCGAGCCGUACCUGAAGAGCUUCUAUAUCCGUUCUACUGACCCUACGCAGAUCAAAAUACUUAAGCUUGAAGUGUUAACUAAUCUGGCAAAUGAAACCAACAUAUCUACCAUUUUGAGAGAAUUUCAGACCUACAUUAAAAGUAUGGAUAAGGACUUUGUGGCGGCCACCAUACAGGCCAUUGGCCGCUGUGCCACCAACAUUGGAGAGGUGAGAGACACCUGCCUCAAUGGUCUUGUUCAGCUCCUGUCAAACAGAGACGAGCUGGUAGUAGCAGAGUCAGUGGUGGUGAUCAAGAAGCUCCUACAGAUGCAGCCUGAGCAGCACAGUGACAUCAUCAAACAUAUGGCCAAGCUCACAGACAACAUACAGGUCCCAAUGGCGAGAGCAAGCAUCCUGUGGCUGAUUGGUGAGUACUGUGAGCACGUACCUAAAAUCGCUCCUGAUGUCCUAAGGAAGAUGGCCAAAAGUUUCACCAAUGAGGAGGACAUUGUCAAGUUACAAAUUAUCAAUCUGGCUGCCAAGCUCUACCUGACCAACUCCAAACAGACCAAGCUCCUUACACAGUAUGUGCUCAACUUGGCAAAGUAUGACCAGAACUAUGACAUCAGAGACCGUGCACGGUUCAUCCGUCAGCUCAUUGUCCCUACAGAUAAGAGCGGAGCCUUGAGUAAAUAUGCCAAGAAGCUUUUCCUUGCCCUUAAACCUGCACCUGUACUAGAAUCUCCAUUUAAAGACAGAGACCAUUUCCAACUUGGGUCGCUGUCUCAUCUGCUGAAUACCAAAACAGGCGGCUACCAGGAGCUGCCCGAUUGGCCCGAAUCAGCACCCGACCCCUCCGUGCGCAACGUGGAGGUGAAGGAUUCUCAAGAGGAAGUCAUAGACACCAGUGAGGGGCGGAUCGGUCUCCUUGGAGACUGGCGAGAGGUUCCAGAGUGGACUAAAUGCACCAGCAGGAAGGAGCGCAAGGAGAAGAAGGUGGAGAAGCCUUUCUAUUCUGACUCAGAGGGAGAAUCUGGACCCACCGAGUCUGCUGAUAGUGAGACGAACACCACCAGUGAGUCAGAGAGCGCCAGUGAGGAGAGCGGCUCAGGCUCAGAGAGCGAAGAGAGCAAUGAGGAGUCAGAGUCUGAUGAGGACGAGAAGGAUGGAGAGGAAGAGAAGACCAAGAAGAAGAAGAAAGUAGACAAGAGCAAAUCUAAGAAACCAGAGAGUACAGAGAGUGAUCAAAGUAGUGGAGAGGAGCAGAAGAGGGGCAGGAAAGGAGGGAAGGAGCAGAAGAGGCUGUCUGAGUCAGAGAGUGAGGAAGACAGCGAGUCUGAAAGCAGCGAGUCGGAGUCAGAGUCAGAGGAAGAGUCAGACUCGGACAUGGACACCAGAAAGAAAAAGACUUCUGCAUCAAAACCACCACCUCCAAAGCAGACCAGAAAAGAGAGCAAGAAAGAGUCCAAGGAGAUGUCUCUGCUAGACCUGGAUGACUUUGAUCCCACCCCCUCACCUCAGGUGACCCCGGUCAACAACUUCCUGUCCAGUAGCCUGGUGGCAGAUCUAGAGGGGUUGUCACUGACUGACACUGUACUCGCCCCCACUACCAUCGCCCCAUCAGGCUCGAUGAGGAUGUAUGAGUUAUUGCACCGGAUCACAGGAGAGGGUCUGGGGGUUGAGUACUGCUUCAGCAGGCAGCCGUUCAGCCCUGAUCCUAACAUGGUGGCUGUGCAGAUCCAGUUCACCAACAACACCAGUUCAGAGACCAAGAACCUACACAUCGAAGAGCCCAAACUGCAGUCCGGUAUGAGGAUCAAGGAGUUCAACGAAAUCGAGGUUUUACCUGCAGGUGAAUCCAUUACUGUUGUAAUGGGCAUUGACUUCUGCGACUCCACACAAACAGCCAACUUCCAGCUUUGCACUCACACUCGGAAGUUCUUUGUGUCGAUCCAGCCACCAGUCGGAGAACUGAUGACGCCUGCUUUUCUGACAGAGAAUGAGUUUAAGAAAGAGCAAGGUCAGCUGAUGGGAAUGAAUGAAAUCUCAGAGAAGCUAAGCCUCGGCGAGAAGUGUCAGAGUGAUCAUGCUAUUAUAGAGAAAGUCACAGCUACCGCUAACCUCAGCAGAGUACCCUGUGGUUCUGAGAAGGAGUGCAGUCCUCCUCUUCCUCCUCCUCCCUCACCUGUGUCCAGGUUUGCUGGGAAGACAGUGACCAGCGGCAGCCUCGUGCUCGUCACUGUGGCGAGGAAGGAGGCCGGAGAAGCCCAGCUCACUGUGAACUGUGAGAAGAUGGUGAUUGGUACAAUGCUGGUGAAGGACAUCCUGCAUGCCCUGACGCAGUGAUGACUGAGUGCAUAGUGUGCAAAAACCUGUAGCUAUGUGUAGCUUUGACUCUGCGUGCUCUGACACUGUAUUUGCGUUUGACCAAUUUCUGUCAUUUAAUACACAAUAUUGCACCCAGUAUACACAGCUUAUUGUUUAAUAUUAAUUAUUGAGCUUAAUGAUUGUCCCUGAAGAGCUGAAAUCAUAAUCUGAUCCUAUGAAGCCAUGUGAACGCUCUGUACACAAUGUGACCUUCUCUGCCUUUAUUGAUUUCCUCCUUUAACUUUGCAUGACAUGACAUGUGACCCAUGUGAGUUUUUAACAUUCCCAAGCUGCAAUGUGUAUUUAAAAUACGUGUUUACUUUUAAUAUCUUUGCACAAACGGGCAGCACAGAAAAUCCGACUUUAUUUUAUUACUGUACAAGUCCCACCUGCAGGAUGUGACUAGGAUAUCCUGCUGAAGAGAACACGUGGCCAUACUGUUUACACAGUGAUGGUCUGAAAUGGAGCUCUGGUGCUCAUUUAAGGAGUUACUAAGGACUAAGGCUACUUAGCUGCGUCAUUUUCAGUGAAUCCUAACAAUUGGAUUUCCCUCCUACAAACACAAUGCAUGUGUUGUGAAAACACAGACGCUCAAAAACCUUUUCGAACAUUCAGAUCUUUCGUUUCACUUAAAUAUUCUGAAAUGUAAAGCUAUGAGCGGAUAUAACGAUGUAAUAUUUACGUUCGUAUCUGUACAAACCAGACUGCUGCAACAUUCAUUCUUUAAUCAUUAAUCUUCAGUAAGCACUUUAUCCUUGCACUCACACACAGUAGGAGGAAACCAGAGAACCCUGAGCAGUUGCAGUAUAUUUGCACCAAAUAGGGCAUUUCUUUAUCCCAUUAUGGUAACUUCAUAAGUAGUGAGUAUUGGCUCACAUGCUGUAGAAAUCCAGUAAAACAAAUCCAUUAAAUCCUGUAAAUAUCAGUAACACAUUCAGGUUACAGUGAUAGCAAAGUGCAAUUCAUAGAAUAUACAAAAUCUCAAAAAUCUUCUGUGAUAUUUGCGUCUGUGUAAAUCAUGUGGUUGUGUGAGAUGAUUAUCCUUUCUAAGAACAGCAUUGCUUGUGUUGUGUUGGCGAGCUUCCUAUUGUUCUUAGGACUAUGACUUGGUGCUUUUAAUGACUACUUUUAACUGGAAACGUUCUAGACAUGUGCAUCCAUUGUAGUAAUAAACUGUAGAUGUAGCCUACAUUCGAGAUUAUUUGGUUAUUCAUAGCGGUUUGUUUUUUGCCUGCAACAAAAAAAAAUGACAAUUUUGUCGUGUCUUCUGUGAGAAACUGAAUCGAACUGUUCAGAUAUUGAAUGAGUAAAAUGCUCAUAAUUCUGGUCUUUUUAAAAAAAUUAUGAUUAUUUUAUUCCCAAUGAAAACCCUACAAGAAGGCUUAAUGAAAUGUUUUGCUACGGUAUUGUCCACCCACAUCCAGGACGUUCUCCAUGCUAAUUUUUGAUAAGUGUUCUGCGGUAUUGCAGAACUGUAUUUUAUGUUGUGGAUCUGACCAUUGAAAGUCCAAGUGAUUGUUGCUUGGAAUGUGAUGAUUAAUUUCAUCUGUUUUUGUUAUAAACAGAGAAUACAAGAACAUAACAGCUCAAAUUCAUAGCAACUUGAAAUUCUCUCUCGUCAAGAUAUAAAUUAAGGAUAUUUUAUGUAGAUCAUAUUUUAUGUUAAAAGCAGGGGAACUGUCAAAAUAGUACAAUAUCCUUUUGUGUUUAUUAGAUGAACCGAUAUUCAGCCUUCAUGUGCUUGCUGUGUGAAUGUGAACUAGUUUGCUUAUUUUAUUUGUUUGUUUUUUAAUGUCAAUAAAAUUUAA